GCGGACCACUGGAGCGCGGCACCGCAGGUCCUGGCAGGAGUGUAGUGCGCACAUGUCGCCUCUCGGGGACAGUAACCGGUUUUUCUACCCGACCACUGCCGUUACAGCACGGACUUAGAGACACGUCCGUGCGUGUAACGAAUUCCCGACAGGCUUCUCUCGCGGGACCGUUUGGCACUUAGCCCUAGUACCGUCCUGUCAGGACUUGCGCGAAGUCGCCGUGUCCAAGGAGGAGGAGUCGGAGUGAUCCGUCCAGAUCCCGGGAGCAGCCGCGCACACCCCAUCCGGGGGACACAGGGACCUCUCUGGACAUGAUCCGCGGGCGGCAGUGAGCCCGUGCCCGAGCCGACGGCUGAACGGAAAGUGGGGGAAGCGCAGGAGGAGAAAAAGCAGAGGCGGGGGGCGCACAAAAUGGCGGACAUACUGCGAAUCCUGCCCGGCUAACAUCCAGGAGGGGACGCAUAUCGCUUCAGAAGGUGGUUUCUUGAAAACAUGACCAAGCACUGGCCUUGACCUUACUCUUCAGUGAGGACUUUGUCUCCCAUUAUGUCAAGUUCAGGGUAUCCUAACCAAGGAGCUUUCAGCACUGAGCAGAGCCGCUACUCCACCCAUCCAGUACAGUAUACCUUCUCCAGCAGCCGUCACCAGCAGGAGUUUUCUAUCCCGGAGUACCGAAAUGCUCACUUCGAAGCUUUGCAGCAACAACAGCUUCGAAGACGCCCGUCUUUGCUCUCUGAAUUUCAUCCUGUGUCAGAGCGACCUCAGGACAGGCGAUCAGGGUAUGAACAGCAGUACCACUCCACUGGGCAGAGCGAGCAUGAGGGGCUGGAAUCAAAGAGACCUCGGCUAGAACAGGUAGACUCACACUACAGAGUUGCUGCUGCUUCUGUUGUACCUCUUGUAUCAACCAUCCAGGAGGGACUGCGAGCACAAGGGGAUCUGAAAAAGGAACAGGGACUGUCCGUCAAACAUGAGGCACCCUCGCCCCCCCUCUCGGGCCAGCCUAAUGAUGACCAGGACGCAUCUCCCUCCAAACUUUCUAAAGAAGAAUUGAUUCAAAGUAUGGACAGGGUCGACAGAGAAAUUGCUAAAGUUGAACAGCAAAUUCUGAAACUAAAGAAAAAACAGCAACAGCUUGAAGAAGAAGCAGCCAAACCUCCAGAGCCUGCGAAGCCCGUCUCCCCUCCACCUGUGGAACAGAAGCAUCGCAGCAUAGUCCAAAUCAUUUAUGAUGAGAACCGGAAAAAAGCAGAGGAAGCGCAUAAGAUUUUCGAAGGUCUAGGCCCAAAAGUAGAGCUGCCGCUUUAUAACCAGCCUUCAGACACAAAGGUUUAUCAUGAGAACAUCAAGACAAAUCAGGUGAUGAGGAAGAAGCUCAUUUUGUUUUUCAAGAGAAGAAACCAUGCUAGAAAGCAAAGGGAACAGAACAUUUGCCAGCGUUAUGAUCAGCUGAUGGAGGCCUGGGAAAAAAAAGUAGACCGGAUAGAAAAUAACCCAAGAAGGAAAGCUAAGGAGAGCAAAACCAGAGAGUACUACGAGAAGCAGUUCCCAGAAAUCCGCAAACAGCGUGAGCAGCAAGAGAGGUUUCAGAGGGUUGGUCAGAGGGGAGGUGGACUGUCUGCAACCAUUGCUAGAAGCGAACAUGAGAUCUCUGAAAUCAUUGAUGGCCUUUCUGAGCAGGAGAAUAAUGAAAAGCAAAUGCGACAGCUCUCUGUUAUACCACCCAUGAUGUUUGAUGCAGAGCAGCGACGGGUGAAGUUCAUCAACAUGAAUGGUCUGAUGGAAGAUCCAAUGAAAGUCUACAAGGAUCGUCAGUUCAUGAAUGUCUGGACAGAUCACGAAAAGGAAAUAUUUAAAGAAAAAUUUGUACAACAUCCUAAAAACUUUGGACUUAUUGCUUCUUGUCUGGAAAGAAAGAACAUUGCAGAUUGUGUGCUAUAUUAUUAUUUAACCAAGAAAAAUGAAAACUUUAAAUCUCUUGUACGAAGAAAUUACGGCAAGAGGAGAGGCCGAAACCAGCAACAGCUUACACGUCCUUCCCAAGAAGAAAAGGAACCUGAAAAGAUAGAAGAGGAGAAAUCUGAAAAAAAUGAGAAAAAAGAAGAGGACCGAAGGGAAGAGGAAGAGAAGGAAGAAAAGGAGGAGUUUAAGGAAACCGCCAAAGAAAAGAUUGAAACUGCAGUAGAAGAAAAUGAAGAAAGGGAACAAUCCACUCCAAAGGGACGUAAAACUGCAAACAGCCAAGGCCGGCGGAAGGGGAGGAUAACUAGAUCCAUGGCUAAUGAAGCUGCUAAUGCUGCAGCAGCUGCUGCCGCUGCAACAUCCUCAGCCCCCGCUGCUGCUCCUCCUGCUCCACCUGCGCCUACUCCACCAGAGGAACCUCCACCUCCUGCAACUGCGCAAGAGCAAACUUCUGCAGAGACCGUGGAGACCUCCCGUUGGACUGAAGAAGAAAUGGAAAUUGCUAAAAAAGGCUUGGUGGAACAUGGGCGUAACUGGGGGGCUAUCGCCAAGAUGGUCGGGACAAAGAGCGAAGCCCAGUGUAAAAACUUCUACUUUAAUUACAAACGAAGGCACAAUCUGGACAACCUGCUACAGCAGCACAAACAGAAAACACCUCGAAGACCACGGGAGGAUAGAGAUGUCUCACAGUGUGAAAGCGUAGCGUCUACUGUGUCUGCCCAGGAAGAUGAUGACAAUGAAGGCUCAAAUUAUGAUGAGAAUCCAGAAGACAGUGAAGGUGCAGAAAACAGUUCAGACACUGAAAGUGCUCCAUCUCCAUCACCUGUGGAAGGGACUAAACAAGCUGACGAAACAGACCGAACCACUUCUUCAUUACCUGGAGCUGCUUCUCCUGAGCAAGAACCUUCUAGCAAACCUGUACCCAGUGGAUCCCCCUCUAAUGUCAUGCCAAAUGCAAAGACUCCUGAGAACCAGUAUCCAGAGUUGCAGGUAAAAGAAGAAGUGAAUCCAGAACCUGAGGAGUCAAUGGAAGUUGGUGAGCGGAGUGACAGUUCAGAGCCCAAACCAGCUCCUAGUCUCCAAGUUAAUACCAAAGUGGAACCUGUUGAGGCUGAUAUGAAACUACCAGAAAGUGCCCAAGUAAAAAUAGAGGAUGAUACCAAAGACCGGGAGCUUGAAAGAAGUAAGGAGCAAUCUGAACCUGCAAAUAUGGAGUAUUCCACCAACCAGAUGCCAACCCAUGGAAGAAUGGAAUCGCAUUCAGACAAUGAUUCCAGUGCCACAUGCAGCGCGGAUGAAGAUGUAGAUGGGGAGCCGGAUAGGUCAAGGGUGUAUACAAUGGAUUCAAAGCCGUCAUUGCUGAACCCAGCAGGAACCAUUCUGAUAUCCCCUGCGCUGAAGCAAGGCACAUUGGAUCUGCAGCAGUUGCAUCAUCGUGCUGCUGUCAUACCACCCAUGGUUUCUUGCAGCCCAGGAAGCUUAACAGGAGCUCCUGUCUCCGCAAACAGUUUCUCCCUGUACCAGCGGCAUCUUCAGUCUUUGCAUGAAAACAACUUACUAGAAGAGCAGAGGCAGAGACAGGAACAGCUCAAUAUUGACAGAAGAUCGGCCAGCCCAGCGAACUUGUCCAAGAGUCCGAGUAUCGACUGGGAAGGAAAAUCUGUGUAUAUGCCUUAUGCUGUGGAAGUCAAGCGAGCCCUGGAGCAUGAAGCUCAAAUGCAAAACGCUGCACGGUCCAUUUCCCCAUAUAGGAUGUCACCAAGAGAAGUCAGCAGAGCCUCCCCCCACGCAGACCUGAAUCCGGUCCGCUACUGCGUCCCUCCAGUAUUGCAACCUGCUCCCCAUCAAGUGAUAACUUCCUUAGCUGAAGGAACCAGGCUCCCUGUGACACGUCCAACCCGUCCGCCUCCCCCACUGAUCCCCUCGUCCAAAACCUCAGUGACCUCUUCAGACAAGCCUUCUUUCAUAAUGGGGGGCUCCAUAUCGCAGGGAACCCCUGGGACAUAUUUAACAUCUCUCAACCAGCCACCCUAUAGCCAAGAUCCAUUGAAGCCGUCUGUGGGCUCCAUUUCUCUGGGCCUACCAAGGCAACAGGAAGCUGCAAAACCUGGUUCCAUUACCUACAUCAAACAAGAGGAAUUCUCACCCCGCGGUCAGAGCUCACAACCAGAAGGACUCCUUGUCAGAGCUCAGCAUGAAGGUGUUGUCAGAGGUACCAUGACUGCACUUCAGGAAGGAAGCAUCACUCGAGGCACUCCAGCCACCAAAGUUCCCAUGGAAGCAAUGCCCUCUUUACGAGGGUCUAUUACUCAGGGUACUCCAGCACUGUCACAAUCUGGUAUUGCUGCCGAUGUCCUGCUAAAGACCACAAUCACACGUCUGGCCACAGAGGAUAUCAGCAGUCCAGACAGAUGUAGGGAGGAGUCCGCUUCUAAAGGCCAUGUCAUUUAUGAGGGAAAGAGCGGACACAUAGUAUCCUAUGAUUCUGCCAUUAAGAAUCUUCGAGAUGGUACCCGGAGUCCCAGAAGUGCUCCGGAGAUGACACUGAAGAGAACUUAUGACACUAUGGAUGGAACUAUAAAGCAGAACUUGUCAGUGAGAGAAUCUGCUGUAUCAGCGCCAAUGGAAGGAUUAAUAUGUCGUACAGUUCCUAAAGGCAGCUCGCAAGAAAGGCCAGUUAUGUCUGGUUCCAUCAUGCAAGGUACCCCACGGGCAGCAUCUGAGAACUUUGAAGAAGGGUUGAAGUAUGCCAAGCAGAUAAAACGUGAAAGCCCACCGAUAAGGUCAUUUGAAGGAGCCAUCACUAAAGGCAAACCUUAUGAUGGCGUGACUACAAUCAAAGAAAUGGGUCGCUCCAUUCAUGAAAUCCCUAGGCAGGACCUUCUUGGUCAAGAAAGUCGCAAAACCCCGGAGGGCUCUAGGACAAUAAUGGAAGGUUCAAUAUCUCAGGGCACACCGAUAAAACAUGAAGGCACAUCUGGUCAGUCAGCGAUUAAACAUAAUGUGAAGUCUUUGAUCAUGGGUCCGAGUAAGCUGCCUCGUGGGGUACCACAGAUGGAAAUGAUGCCAGAAAAUCUAAAAGUGGUGGAACGAACAAAAUAUGAAGACCCUAAACCCUCAGAUGCAAUCCGACAACGUCACACUGUAGUCAGUUCUGGUACAUCAGUUCUCCGUUCAACUCUCCAUGAAGCUUCAAAGUCUCAGUUGAGCCCUGGGAUUUAUGAGGAUGCCAACGCUAGGAGGACACCAGUGAACUAUCCCAGUCCCAUGUCCAGAAGUUCACCCAUGGCACGUUCAUCAGAAGGUGGACUUACUCCAGGGAAGUCUUCCAGUCAUGAGAGAAAAAGCACAUUGACCCCUACACAGAGAGAAAACAUUGUUGUGAAGUCUCCAGUCCCUGGUUUAGACCCAUCUGCUGCUCACAGUCCCUUUGACCCUCACUUACGUGGUCCUGCCCCUGGUGAAGUCUACAGAACUCAUCUGCCUCCUCAUCUUGAUCCCAUCCAGUUCCACCGAGCUUUGGAUCCUGCUGCUGCAGCAUACUUAUUUCAGAGACAGUUGUCUCCAACCCCUGGCUAUCCAAGUCAGUACCAGCUCUAUGCAAUGGAGAACACGCGGCAGACAAUCUUAAAUGACUACAUUACUUCUCAGCAGAUGCAAGUUAAUUUAAGACCCGAUGUUAGUCGAGGGCUUUCUCCAAGAGAGCAAGGGUUAGCUAUUCCGUAUCCAGGAGCACGUGGAAUUAUAGACUUAACCAAUAUGCCACCUACUAUCCUGGUGCCUCAUCCAGGAGGAACUAGCACACCACCAAUGGACAGAAUUACCUACAUACCAGGGACACAACUAGCUUUUCCUCCAAGGGCAUAUAACCCAGCUUCCAUGUCUCCAGUAUUUUAUUAUUUCCCAGGACAUCCUUCGCCUUUAGCAGCUGCAUCCUCAGCCAAUGCUGAGCGUGAGAGGGAACGUGAAAGAGAGCGUGAGCGAGAAAAAGAGCAGCGUGAUAGGGAACGAGAAAGAGAGAGAGACCGGGAAAGGGAGCGUGAAAGAAUGGCCGUCGCCGCUGCUGCAGCGGCAGCAGCUUCUGCUCAAAGUGAACACUACCUGCGGCCUAUCACAGAGCAGCCUGGAAGGCCAAGUAGUCAUGGUUAUGUUCGUUCCCCCUCACCAUCAGUCCGUUCCCAGGAGAACUUGAUACAACAAAGACCAAGUAUAUUACAUGGAGCUAAUGGGAAAAGUGUCAUUACGCCCUUAGACCCCUCUCAGCUAAGAAUAAUGCCUCUCAAUCCCGGAGGUCCCUCUAUCUCCCAGGGAAUUCCUGCCACCCGAUACAGCACCGCCGCUGAUGCAUUAGCCGCCCUGGUAGAUGCUGCAGCCUCUGCACCACAGAUGGAGGUUAGCAAGCCAAAGGAAAGCAAGCAUGAAUCUUCCCGAUCAGAGGAAAACAUAGCUAGACGCACAGCACUAGAGCAACAGCAGAUUGAGUCAGAGCGUAGACUGGUACAGAGUCCCUACACAUCGUCAAGUUUCUCAAGUAGCAAAUCCCAGAGCCAGCAAGCUCCAGCUGUAUAUUCUGAAGCGGGAAAAGAUAAGGCCGCACACACCAAAUCACGGUAUGUGGAGGAGUUACGAACGCGAGGAAAGACCACAAUCACCGCAGCCAACUUUAUUGACGUCAUCAUAACGCAGCAGAUUGCCUCUGACAAAGAUGGCCGUGAGCGGAGUUCACAGAGCUCAGAUUCCUCCAGUAGCAUGUCUUCCCAUCGCUAUGAACCUCCCAGGGACACGAUUGAAGUUAUAAGCCCAGCGAGUUCCCCAGUACAGGUGCAGGAAAAAGAAACAUACCCCCAGGAAGUCGCAAAAACAAGCCAAGCGGAAACUGAAAGUAGCCGACAGUACGAAGGACAAGCAAAUCGGUACAGACAACAACAGGAAUCUCCCUCUCCCCAGCAACAAGUGCCCACGCACGUGCCCCAAACCCAUCGGCUGAUCACCCUAGCCGAUCAUAUAUGUCACAUUAUAACGCAAGACUUUGCUAGGAACCAACCUACCAGCCAGGCGUCUCAGCAGCCCCCUACAUCUACAUUCCAGAGCACUGCCCCAUCAUCUGCACCUGUCCGAUCGAAGUCCUCCAACAGGUUCAGCCCUGAGUCCCAGGCACAGCCUGUGCACCACCAGCGGCCUUCUUCUAGGGUUUCUCCUGAAAACAUGCCUGACAAGCCCAGAGGACGGCCUGGAAAGUCUCCAGACAGAGGGCACAUCAGUGAGCCAUAUGAGCCUAUAUCGCCUCCACAGGCCCCUAUUAUGCAUGCAAAGCAGGACAACAUGAUGCUGCUACCACAGAGACCAGAUCCUGCUGAACAAAGGAAUGACUCCCGUUCACCAGGAAAUAUGAAUUAUCUCCCUUCCUUCUUUACCAAGUUGGAAAAUACGUCUCCUAUGGUGAUGUUCAAGAAACAGGAGAUUUCUCGUAAGUUAAACUCUUCUGGUGGCGGUGACUCUGACAUGGCCGCUGCUCAACCAGGAACCGAGAUCUUUAACUUGCCAGCAGUCACUACCUCGGGAGCCAUCAGUUCUCGGGGUCAUUCCUUUGGUGAUCCUGCCAGUAAUCUCGGUCUCGAGGACAUUAUUCGUAAAGCUUUAAUGGGCAGUUUUGAUGAGAAAGCUGAUGACCACGGUGUCCUAAUGGGCAUGGCACAAGGCAACACUUCAGCUUCUUCAAACAGCGAUUCCCGGAGAGAAGAAGCAAAUCCGUCACCAAAUUCAGGCGGAGGAAUCAUCAAGCAAAAACUGAUAAGCAAAUCUGGUAGCCGCAAAAUGAAGUCACCCAUUUCUGGCAGCCAGGCAUGCUUGGGGGCUGAAAGGCCCUCUUCUGUCUCCUCCGUUCACUCAGAAGGAGACUACAGACAGGCCCCUGCAUGGGCCUGGGAAGACCGACCUUCUUCCACAGGGUCCACGCAGUUCCCGUACAACCCACUGACUAUGGGAAUUCUAAACAGUACUCCUCCAUCAUCCAUGGCAUGCGCACCCUCCUCCAUGACGCAGAGUUCUGCACACCAGCAGAGCAGAAUAUGGGAUCGUGAACCAGCACCUCUUCUCUCAUCACAGUAUGAGACCCUGUCAGACAGCGAUGACUGAGGCAAUAUUUUGGCUAUGGCAAGGUCUCUGACAGGCUUCAAGACUUUUCCUAAGGAAAGCCACAGACUGAGAAGCACGGGGCCAUCCUCCUCCUGAAAUCCUAGAGCCGUGUAAAAAUUAUAUAUAUAAAUGGAUAUUAGCCUGCUUUAUCCAGGCCUGCUAGUAGCAGAAUGUAAUUUGUAAAGACCUAAUGUUCCACAUUAGUAUGUAAAGAAGUUUUAAGGAAAAAAAAAAUGUGGAUGAUUGGACAAUUACCGAUUUACAGCUAUUUGUAAAGAAAACAUAACGUCUUUAAAUCAUUUUGUACAUAUUUGCAGUGGUUUAUUAUUAUUUCCUUUGCUCUAGUAUGGUGUAUGUAUGUUUAAAUCCAUUCCUCGGCACUUGAGGGACUCUUAUAUAUAUUAUAUAUUUUUUAUUUUUACUUUUUUUUCCCCCUUUCUGUGAUUACACCUGAACUUCCUAGAAGGCAGAUUGCCAGCCCCAAGUCUAUUAACUGUCCUGCACCUUAAACGACUGGCCUGUGUCACAUGUAAUGGCCAUCACUGGCUUUGUGCUAUGAGAGCAGAAGAAGUUGGCAAUUUUUAUUUAACAGAGACUAAGAAGAAGAAAUAUGAAGAAAACGACAUCGGUGAACCCUGUUCCUCUUUUUUUUCUUUUUUUUUUUUUAAUUCUUUUAACUCAUGACGAAUUUGAGUCGUUCUGAAACACACUUUUUCAUUGUUUAAUAACGAAAAAAAAAACAAAAGCUUUCUACAACUAUUUCUUUUAUCUCCCCUACCAUUUGAGCAAAGCUUUUCUGCACUAGCAAUGACCAUUGCAAAUUUGUGUCUGUGAAUUUUCAGGUUGUUUUUAUCCUUUGUAGAAACAUAUUCCCACAAGGAAACGAGUAGAUUUAUGUGUAUAGGCCGGUGUCGCCACCAGUCUCCAGGCUGACAGGUUGGUGCAGUAGAAGAUUAUUUUUUUUUCUCUUCCCUUCUCUCUCUCACCGCUUUCAUUUAAUUCUAUACAUGAAUUGUAAUAAAAAUGUUUUUGCGCAAAACUAAA